UAGAACUUUCUCAAAAAGAAAAAUGUAAAAAGUCUUGGCUAGCGAUAACAUCACAACAAUGUUCCUCUCUUUUCAUUUUUCCUAUUCCAUAAACCCAAACCACACCAAAAUUUUACAUAUAUAGAUAAAGAUCCAAAACAGUUUUUUUUAUUUAUAUCCGGGUUGAAAAUGGAGGCGGGUAACGCGGGUUCGAAUGAAGAAGUACCCACUUCUUGGGAGGAGCUUUACAAUAUCAAUUUGAUUCCUACGGAGGUUUUCUUGAAGUUCAGGAAAGAAAUUCAGGGGUAUCGUGUUGGUGUUAAUUUGGAGUUGUAUAAUGCUACCAUGAAUGACUACCAUGCAAAACUAGUAUUGAAACCUUUAGCCUAUGAACGCCGGUGGAAGUUUAUUUAUGAGCCUUUGCAUCAGGAUGUGCAGCUUGUUUCAAAGAAGAUCCCCAUAACAAAAUUUCUGAAUCUUCAGGUAGGAGUAGGUCAUAACUUUCAGUUGCAUGCUACUGGUUGGAAAUGGAAGCUGACGACAUGUUUGGGUGGAGAUGGUGUAUCCAGGAUUCGGAAUAAAACGUCCCUUGGCUUGUCUCCAGGAGUGGAUUUCCGGUUUGGUUGGAGAGCGGAUUAUGUUCUUCCAGAAGUUACUGGGGCACUGGGCACUGAUGCACCAUUGUUCAACAUGAAUUCUGGACGUUUACAGGCAUCACUGGACAGAAUCGAGGCCAUUUUUACAAAUUAUGACACAACAAAACUGAUCCCUGAUACAGCUACCAGCUAGUAUCAGUUUUUUAUCCCAGUAAUGUUUUUACCUGAUGUAGGUUCGCUAUAUGUUUUAAAUCUUACUCUUUAUACUCAAUGGUUUACUUGUUCUGUUUUUUAUGUCGUUAUGUUAUGGCUGAGCGGGAUAUUGUUCCUUUUUGCCAGCAAUUCACUCCCAACCAGACUAAAAAAAAUGGGGAUCCAAUUGGAGGUGGUGGCAUAAAGAUUGUAAUCUAAGUUGGUUUCGAACAUUCUCUCUGUAUUUGUUUUUCGUAUCAACAAAGAGUUUGUAAGUGCUUGUCAAAAUUUUUGCUGUCUGGAUGCUUAAACUAGUUGGAGGAAAUGAUUUGAAAUAGUAAACUAUAAUGGUGGAUGAUAGAUGACUAUUUUAAUAGUUCUGUUUCUUGGUUUAUAGCCAAGAUAAGAGCACUAUAUUGUAAGGAUAGUUAUGUUCACAUAACAUUUUAAUUGCA